AUUAUACUUCAUUAUUAAUCUCAUGCCUUCUUAAUAGUCUCUCUCAUCUCACCCUCCCCCUCCCCCUUCUCUCAUGCAGCCCUCACUCCGCCGCAAGUUCUCUCCGGAGUUCUACUCCGACGCCGACGCCCCCAUCAUGAAGCCCCCCGCCUCCGCUUCCCGCGAGGGCGGCAACCUCUCCGUCUUCGUGCUGGUCUUCUCCAUCUUCCUCUUCGGCUGCUUCAUGUACAAUGAGAACGUCAAAUCCGUCGCCGAAUUCCCGUUUUCACUCCCCAAAGCCAAAGAAAGUCAAAGAGGCCAAACUACGGAAACCUCCAUGACGGUUUCUGUAGUCAUGAAUUCAAGAACCGUAGUGGAAACACAAGUAGACCACAGCGCCGCCAGCGAACUCCGGGCUGCGGGCAUGCUCGAAAAAGAGCAGAAGAAGAAUGUCGAAAUUAUUGCUGAUGAGGAGGAGGAGGAGAUGGAAAUCCCGCCUGAAGAGUGCGAUUUGUUUACAGGGAAAUGGGUAUUUGAUAAUUCUUCGCAUCCAAUUUACAGAGAAGAGGAGUGUGAAUAUCUGACAGCGCAGGUGACUUGCAUGAGGAAUGGAAGACGAGACUCUUUGUAUCAGAACUGGAGGUGGCAGCCCAGAGACUGUUCUUUGCCUAAGUUUAAGGCAAGAUUAUUGAUGGAGAAACUAAGGAACAAGAGGCUGAUGUUCGUGGGAGACUCAUUGAAUAAGAACCAGUGGGAAUCCAUGAUUUGCUUGGUUCAGUCAGUGGUUCCUCCGGGACCGGGCAGGAAAAACUUGACCAAGAAUGGCUCUUUGUCCGUUUUCAGAAUCCAGGAUUACAAUGCAACGUUGGAGUUCUACUGGGCUCCGUUCCUGGUGGAGUCAAAUUCAGAUGAUCCAACGAUGCACAGCAUCUUGAACCGGAUCAUCAUGCCUAAAUCAAUCAAAAAGCAUGGCAAGAACUGGAGGAACGUCGAUUAUUUAGUCUUCAACACCUACAUCUGGUGGAUGAACACCUUCACCAUGAAAGUUCUUCGAGGAUCAUUCGAGGAAGGUGCGACGGAGUACGAUGAAGUGGAUAGGGCCUUGGCUUAUAGGAGAGUGCUGAGGACUUGGGCUAAGUGGGUCGACAAGAAUGUGAAUCCGAAUCGGACCCAAGUCUUUUUCAUGAGCAUGUCUCCUCUUCACAUCAAGAGCUUAGAUUGGGACAACCCAGACGGCAUCAAAUGUGCUAAGGAGACAGCCCCAAUCCUCAACACAUCAAUGCCACUAAACGUGGGCACCGACAGAAGGCUCUUUGCUCUCACAACCAAUGUGACAAAUUUCAUGAAAGUCCCUGUCCAUUUCCUCAAUAUAACCACACUGUCCGAGUACCGAAAAGACGCCCACACCUCAGUCUAUACCACCCGCCAGGGCAAAAUGCUCACCUCGGAGCAGCAGGCCGACCCUGCCACCUUCGCCGACUGCAUCCAUUGGUGUCUCCCUGGCUUGCCUGACACGUGGAAUGAGUUCCUCUAUACUCGUAUCAUAUCACACUGUUAAUUUAAGUUCGUUAUGUAACAUUUUAAUCCACAAAAAAUGAGGUUUCACGUGAAAUGAGUUUCUUCGAGCUCAUAUGAUGUCAUGUUCACACGUGCUUUUCGUGAAAAAAUCUCGUAUGUAGUGAAUGUAUUUCAUAUUAUUAGAAAUUUUUUCUUUUUAUUAUAGAUUGUAAGAUUUUAAUUUUAACACAGAGUU